CCAACCAUCACCAUGACCUGUGGAUCCUACUGCGGCCGCGCCUUCAGCUGCGCCUCGGCCUGCGGACCCCGGCCCGGACGCUGCUGCAUCACCGCCGCCCCCUACCGCGGCAUCUCCUGCUACCGCGGCCUCACCGGGGGCUUCGGCAGCCACAGCGUGUGCGGGGGCUUCCGCGCCGGCUCCUGUGGGCGCAGCUUCGGCUACCGCUCGGGCGGCGUGUGCGGGCCCAGCGCGCCCUGCAUCACCACAGUGUCUGUCAAUGAGAGCCUGCUGACGCCCCUCAACCUGGAGAUCGACCCCAACGCGCAGUGCGUCAAGCACGAGGAGAAGGAGCAGAUCAAGUGUCUCAACAGCAAGUUCGCUGCCUUCAUCGACAAGGUGCGCUUCCUGGAGCAGCAGAACAAGCUCCUGGAGACCAAAUGGCAGUUCUACCAGAACCGCAAGUGCUGUGAGAGCAACCUGGAGCCUCUGUUUGAGGGCUACAUCGAGACGCUGCGGCGGGAGGCCGAGUGUGUGGAGGCCGACAGUGGGCGGCUGUCCUCAGAGCUCAACCAUGUGCAGGAGGUGCUGGAGGGCUACAAGAAGAAGUACGAAGAGGAAGUUGCCCUCCGGGCCACAGCAGAGAACGAGUUCGUGGCCCUGAAGAAGGACGUGGACUGCGCCUACCUGCGCAGGUCAGACCUGGAGGCUAACGUGGAGGCCCUGACGGAGGAGAUUGACUUCCUGAGACAGCUGUACGAGGAGGAGAUCCGCGUCCUCCAUGCCCACAUCUCAGACACCUCGGUUGUGGUCAAGAUGGACAACAGCCGGGACCUCAACAUGGACUGCGUCAUUGCUGAGAUCAAGGCUCAGUAUGACGACAUUGCCACCCGCAGCCGGGCUGAGGCUGAGUCCUGGUACCGCAGCAAGUGUGAGGAGAUGAAGGCCACGGUGAUCCGGCACGGGGAGACCCUGCGCCGCACCAAGGAGGAGAUCAAUGAGCUGAACCGCAUGAUCCAGAGGCUGACGGCCGAGGUGGAGAACGCCAAGUGCCAGAACACCAAGCUGGAGGCUGCUGUGACCCAGUCUGAGCAGCAGGGCGAGGCGGCCCUGAGCGACGCCCGCUGCAAGCUGGCAGGGCUGGAGGAGGCCCUGCAGAAGGCCAAGCAGGACAUGGCCUGCCUGCUUAAGGAGUACCAGGAGGUGAUGAACUCCAAGCUGGGCCUGGACAUUGAGAUUGCCACCUACCGCCGCCUGCUGGAGGGCGAGGAGCACAGGCUGUGUGAAGGUGUUGGUGCUGUGAACGUCUGUGUCAGCAGCUCCCGGGGUGGGGUCGUAUGCGGGGACCUGUGCGUGUCAGGCUCCCGGCCAGUGACAGGCAGCGUGUGCAGCGCCCCCUGCACCGGGAACGUGGCCGUGAGCACCGGCCUGUGCGCGCCCUGCGGCCAGCUCAACACCUCCUGCGGAGGCACUUCCUUCUGCCAGGGCAGGUGCUAGGUGGGCAGGAAGAGAGCCGGAGAAGCUGCUUAUACCCACCCGCCACGUCGCUGCCCCCACACCAGCUGAGCACAGACGUGUGCCCGGGUUUUGCCCCCAAACUGUGUUCUGAGAAUACA